AGCAGCCAACACUACCAACAUCAUGCUCGCUCGAUCACUCGUACAAGGAGCUCGGGCCGCCCGAGCCUCCUCCUCCCUCACUGCCACCGCCUCUGCUCGACCGUCAACCGCGCUGCGCCUGGCACGGACAGCCCCUGCAUCGACCUGGGCUCACGUAAAGGCCGGACCACCUGAUCCGAUUCUGGGUGUGACAGAGGCCUUCAAGAAGGACACUGAUUCCAGGAAGAUCAACUUGGGAGUAGGAGCCUACCGUGACGAAAAUGGAAAGCCGUACGUGCUUCCCUCGGUCAGGAAGGCUGAGGAGCUUGUCAUUUCAGCCAAGGGAGACAAGGAAUAUCUCCCCAUCACUGGUCUAGCAGACUUCACCAAGAACGCAGCUAUCCUUGCCUAUGGAAAGGACUCGCCAGCCAUCAAGGAGGGCAGGGUUGCCAUUACCCAGUCCAUUUCGGGCACCGGUGCUCUGCGUAUCGGAGGCGAAUUCCUCAAGAAGCACUACACAAAGUCGAACAAGAUUUUCCUUCCCACCCCUUCGUGGGGCAACCACACACCCAUCUUCAAGGACUCGGGCCUGGAGGUCAACCAGUACCGAUACUAUGACAAGAACACCGUUGGUCUCGACCUCAAAGGAAUGCUAGAGGACAUCAAGAGUGCUCCCGAGGGCUCGAUUGUCCUUCUGCACGCCUGUGCUCACAACCCUACUGGUGUUGACCCGACCCAGGAGGACUGGAAGGAGAUCUCCAAGGUCGUCAAGGAGAAGGGCCACUUCCCUUUCUUCGACAUGGCUUACCAGGGCUUUGCCUCUGGCGACGUUGACCGUGAUGCCUUUGCCGUCCGAUACUUUAUCUCCGAGGGCCACCAGAUUGCUCUCAGCCAGAGUUUCGCAAAGAACAUGGGCCUGUAUGGAGAGCGAGUUGGAGCUUUCUCUCUUGUGACUGGCUCGCAGGAAGAGACCGCACGGGUCGACUCUCAGGUCAAGAUUGUCGUGCGCCCGCUCUACUCAAACCCUCCUGCUCAUGGAGCUCGCAUCGCUGGCUCCAUCCUGGCUGACGAUGCCCUGUACCAACAGUGGCUGACCGAGGUCAAGGGUAUGGCCGACCGCAUCAACGGCAUGCGCGCCACGCUAAAGAAGCUCCUGGUCGAGGACCUGGGCAACAAGAACAACUGGGACCACAUCACCAACCAAAUUGGCAUGUUCGCCUUCCUGGGUAUCUCGCCCGAAGCCGUCGAGAAGCUGAAGAAUGAGCACCAUGUAUACCUCACCAAGGACGGCCGAAUUUCAGUGGCAGGUAUCACCGACCACAACGUCAGGCACCUUGCAGAGUCCCUCCACAAGGUGACCUCGUAGACGCAAGAGC